CGCCGUGGCGGCCCAUGCUGUGGCUGCGCGGCGAUGGAACCGGCUGAGCUGCAGAACGAGCUGGUGUCAGCCGAGGGCCGGAACCGGAAGGCCGUGCUGUGCCAGCGCUGCGGCUCUCGGGUGCUGCAGCCAGGGACUGCUCUUUUCUCCCGCCGACAGCUCUUCCUCCCCUCCAUGAGGAAGAAGCCGGCUCUGGCCGAUGGCAGCGACCCGGACGGCGAGCUCCUCCAGGAACACUGGCUGGUUAAUGACAUGUUCACCUUUGAGAAUGUGGGCUUCACCAAGGACGUGGGCAACAUCAAGUUUCUGGUCUGCGCAGACUGUGAGGUUGGACCCAUUGGCUGGCACUGCCUAGACGACAAGAACAGUUUCUAUGUGGCCUUGGAACGAGUGUCCCACGAGUAGCGGAGGGGGCCCUGCUGUAAAGCUACG